AUGCCCAAAGUCAAGGCGGCCCGUGGGGCCGGGAAUCAGGAGAAGCAUGCACCUCUGGCCGAGCAGAUUCUGGCUGGGAAUGCAGUGCGCGCAGGAACCCGAGACAAACGGCGAGGACGCGGGGUCGAAGAGGAGGAAGAGUAUGUGGGACCCCGGUUGAGUAGACGGAUCUUGCAGCAAGCCCGGCAGCAGCAGGAGGAACUCGAGACCGAACACGGCACUGGAGACCAGCCUGCAAAACCGCGAGAGCGCUCCACGCGGCUGGGGCCGGGAGUGCCACAGGAUGGAUCUGAGGAUGAGGAUGAGGAGUGGCCCACCCUGGAGAAGGCAGCCAAAAUGACCGGGGUGGACCACCAAGCAGAGGUGGUUGUGGACCCCGAAGAUGAACGUGCCAUUGAAAUGUUCAUGAACAAGAACCCUCCCAUCAGGCGCACUCUGGCUGACAUCAUCAUGGAGAAGCUGACUGAGAAGCAGACAGAGGUGGAGACUGUCAUGUCAGAGGUGUUGGGCCUGCCCAUGCCUCAGCUGGACCCCCGAGUCCUGGAGGUCUACAGAGGGGUCCGGGAGGUAUUAUCUAAGUACCGCAGUGGGAAACUGCCCAAGGCUUUUAAGAUCAUCCCUGCGCUGUCCAACUGGGAGCAAAUACUCUAUGUCACUGAGCCUGAGGCCUGGACUGCAGCUGCCAUGUAUCAAGCCACCAGAAUUUUUGCCUCUAACCUGAAAGAACGCAUGGCUCAGCGCUUCUACAACCUUGUCCUGCUUCCCCGAGUACGAGACGACAUUGCUGAAUACAAGCGACUCAACUUUCACCUCUACAUGGCCCUCAAGAAGGCCCUCUUCAAGCCUGGAGCCUGGUUCAAAGGAAUCCUGAUCCCACUGUGCGAGUCUGGCACUUGUACCCUCCGAGAAGCCAUCAUCAUGGGCAGCAUCAUCACUAAGUGCUCCAUCCCUGUGUUGCACUCCAGUGCGGCCAUGCUGAAGAUUGCUGAGAUGGAGUACAGCGGGGCCAACAGCAUCUUCCUGCGCCUACUGCUGGAUAAGAAGUACGCAUUGCCCUACCGUGUGCUGGAUGCCCUGGUCUUCCAUUUUCUGGGUUUCCGGACAGAGAAGCGCCAGCUGCCUGUGCUCUGGCACCAGUGCCUUCUGACACUGGCACAACGCUACAAGGCUGACUUGGCCACAGACCAGAAGGAGGCCCUCCUAGAACUGCUUCGCCUGCAGCCCCACCCACAGUUGUCUCCUGAAAUCAGACGUGAGCUUCAGAGUGCAGUCCCCAGAGAUGUGGAAGAUGUUCCCGUCACCAUGGAAUGAGAACAGUCCAGGGGGCAUGGGAGGACGCCAAGACCCUAGCUGGUAACCCAGGAUGUAAAGACCUAGGUCAGGGCACUGAAGGGUUACGAUGGCAUAUGUGGCUCUAGCCCUGGGCAGGAAGACUGAAUCUGGUUGGCUUUCUCUGCCAUUGUAGGCUUUGGUCCCUGCUCACUUCUGGGAGCUAACAGGAGUUACCCCAGCUUAGUGCUCCCACAAGCCAGCUGGCACUUGCUCUCUCUAGUUACUGUGUCAGCUCACUGGGGUGCAGAUAAAGCAAAGGCAGAUAUUUAUUGGA